GCGGCUUGCGGCUUGCAACUUGCCCCAUCAUUGUAUCUUAGACGCGGCCAGUACGCACCAUUGACGGCGUUCCAAUGGUCCGUAUCCUCCUGGUCGUGCAUGCAUACUUGUUUCAUCGCGCUAGCAUCUGCGUCUGUUCUGCAUCUGCCUUUCUGCCUCUUCUUCCGUACGGAUACUUGGUCUCCAUCAGAGCUUCCCGCCCUUGUCUUUCCAUCUCCCUCCCCUUCAGGAACCCUUGCUGGUUCCUUGUAUGUAAAGUCUGAUGUACGAAGUACCUCGGAAAGUACAUUGUACACAUCGUGCGCGAGAACAACCGAUACAGAUACAUGCCAUUGCUUUCCCUUUUCUCCCGCCCUUUCUGGCUCUUUGUUUCUUUUUCCUCCUGCCCUCUGCCGUGUCGUACUUUUUGCCGUUGUAGACACGCGAAAGGAAAAAAAAAAGGAAGCAUCUUCUGAACCAACCGCAUCUCUUCGCUUCUUCCCCGACCAGUCUUACAUCACGUCUACUAUUACCUAUUACUUGCCUCUCUCGGCUUAUUAUUGUCAAAGUACGAAGACCGUACCAUAUUUACCUACUCCCUGAUCUGCUUCAGGUACCACUACUUUGCUCUCACGUUCCUUGCACCUCUACCACUAUUCAUCACGCAUUCCUCUCUUGUCGUC